GCCCGGCCGCGCAGACUCGCUGGUUUGUUUCUCCCCGCCGAGGCCGAAAGCCCGCCGCGAUGCCGGGCAAGCUGAAGGUGAAAAUCGUGGCCGGACGCCAUUUGCCGGUGAUGGACCGUGCUAGUGACCUGACGGAUGCCUUCGUGGAGGUAAAAUUUGGUAAUACCACCUUUAAGACAGAUGUGUACCUCAAGUCACUCAAUCCCCAGUGGAACUCAGAGUGGUUUAAAUUUGAGGUGGACGAUGAGGACUUACAAGACGAGCCUCUGCAGAUCACAGUUCUCGACCACGACACCUACAGUGCCAAUGACGCCAUUGGCAAAGUGUACAUCGACAUCGACCCUCUGCUGUACAGUGAAGCUGCCACAGUCAUCUCAGGGUGGUUUCCUAUUUAUGACACCAUCCACGGUAUUCGUGGGGAAAUCAAUGUUGUUGUCAAAGUCGACCUCUUCAAUGACUUAAACCGCUUCCGCCAGUCAUCGUGUGGAGUCAAGUUCUUCUGCACAACAUCUAUCCCAAAGUGCUAUCGAGCUGUGCUGAUUCAUGGCUUUGUAGAAGAGCUUGUGGUCAAUGAAGACCCUGAAUACCAAUGGAUUGAUCGCAUUCGCACACCAAGGGCAUCAAAUGAGGCCAGACAGAGACUCAUCUCUUUAAUGUCAGGUGAACUACAAAGAAAGAUUGGCUUGAAAGUACUUGAAAUGAGAGGAAAUGCAGUUGUUGGAUACUUACAGUGUUUUGAUCUGGAAGGCGAGUCUGGGUUAGUGGUACGAGCCAUAGGAACAGCAUGUACUCUGGAUAAAUUAAGUAGCCCAACAGCAUUCCUUCCUGCAUGUAAUUCCCCAUCCACAGAAAUGAAGGAGAUCCCCUUCAGUGAAGAUCCCAACCCCAAUACUCACUCGUCAGGACCCUCCACCCCUCUGAAAAACCAAACUCACUCCUUUUCACCUUCCAAGCCCUACAGCCGGCAGUCCUCCUGCUCUGACACAGACUUGAGCCUGACGCCUAAGACGGCACCUCACGCACAGGGCCCUAGGAUUGACCUGUGUCCCAGCUCCCCCUCUCUCUCAUGUGGUUCCCUUCACCUUAAAAAGUCCCGACUCUUCUCGGAAUCUAGCCUAGCCCCUCAUCACUCUAGCCUUGUCAGCCCCGUGCUGAGGAAAAGUGUUUCUUUCAGUGACGAGCUGUUCCUGGCUGCUUCUGGAAUGGCAAGUGGUAGUGCUGGGAAGGAAGGGGGCCCAAUGAAAGCCCUUCUGAGACAACAGACGCAGUCAGCGCUGGAGCAGAGGGAGUUUCCAUUUUUCACCCUGACGGCCUUUCCCCCGGGGUUUCUGGUGCACGUGGGCGGGGUUGUCAGUGCGCGCUCGGUGAAGCUGCUGGACAGGAUCCACAAUCCUGAUGAACCAGAAACUCGAGAUGCGUGGUGGGCGGAAAUCCGUCAAGAAAUCAAAUCCCAUGCUAAAGCCUUAGGCUGCCACGCCGUGGUGGGCUACAGUGAAUCCACGAGCAUCUGUGAGGAGGUCUGCAUCUUGUCAGCGUCGGGCACGGCGGCUGUGCUGAACCCGCGGUUUCUGCAGGACGGCACCGUGGAGGGCGGCUGGGAGCACAGGCUUGAAGAAACUUUGCCUGCAGGCUGUGGAUUUUGCCACAUACCAUAUGAUGAACUGAAUAUGCCCUUUCCGGCUCAUCUCACCUACUGCUGCAACUGCAGGAAACAAAAAGUGCCUGACGUGCUCUUCACGACCAUAGACCUCCCAGCCGAAGCCACAGUGGUUGGAAAAGGCUGCCUUAUUCAAGCAAGGUUAUGUCGCUUGAAAAAGAAAGCCCAGGCAGAGGCCAACGCCACGGCCAUCAGCAACCUCUUGCCCUUCAUGGAGUACGAAGUACACACGCAGCUGAUGACCAAGCUCAAGCUGCGAGGCAUGAACGCUGUGUUCGGACUGCGGACCCAGGUCUCCGUGGGCGAGACCAUGGUGAUGGGCUUGGCGUCGGCCACAGGGGUCUACUUAGCAGCUCUGCCGAUGCCUGGGGGGAUUCAGAUUGCUGGGAAGACUCCGAACGACGGCUCCUAUGAACAGCACAUCUCCCACAUACAGAAGAAAAUAAAUGACAUGAUUGCUAAGAACAAGGAGUUGUAUGAAAUCAAUCCAGUGGAGGUACCUGAAGAGAUUAUAGGCUCACCCAUCCCAGAACCCAGACAACGCUCAAGGCUUUUACGGUCGCAGUCAGAAAGCUCUGACGAAGUUGCAGAAUUAGAUCUUUCACAUGGGAAGAAAGACGCCUUUGUUUUAGAGAUAGAUGACACAGAUGCCAUGGAAGAUGUCCAUUCUCUCCUCACCGACGUUCCUCCUCCUUCGGGUUUUUAUAGCUGUAACACAGAAAUUAUGCCUGGUAUAAAUAAUUGGACAUCAGAAAUACAGAUGUUUACAUCGGUAAGAGUCGUCAGAUUGAGCAGCCUCAACCUGACUAAUCAAGCUCUCAAUAAGAACUUCAAUGACCUCUGCGAAAACUUGCUCAAGAGCUUGUAUUUUAAACUACGGUCUAUGACUCCUUGCUGCCUUUGCCAUGUAAAUUUUACAGUGUCACUGCCCGAAGAUGAAUUAAUUCAGGUUACAGUCACAGCAGUUGCCAUAACUUUUGACAAAAAUCAGACGUUACAAACAGCCAUAAAACCGCAUGUUGGAAAGUCACUGCAAAGAGCCUCCACAGAUAAUGAAGAGCUCCUGCAGUUUCCACUGGAACUCUGUUCAGAUUCCCUUCCGUCUCAUCCUUUCCCACCAGCUAAAGAACACGUGGAGCGUGCAAGUGCUAACUCAGGUAGACCAGCUGCACAGAGAGCAACGUCAGUUGAUUACAGUUCCUUUGCAGACAGAUGCAGCAGCUGGAUAGAGCUCAUUAAACUGAAAGCUCAGACCAUAAGGCGCGGAUCAAUUAAGACAACUGUGACAAUUGAAAAAGCAAGUCCACUGGGUGAAGGAACGUUCCGGAAUCGCUCUGCCCCACACUGCACAAAUUCUACAGUUGGGGUUGUUAAGAUGACACCACUUUCUUUUAUUCCGGGAGCAAAAAUAACUAAGUAUCUUGGGAUAAUUAACAUGUUUUUUAUUAGAGAAACCACGUCUCUUCGUGAGGAAGGCGGCGUCAGUGGCUUUCUCCACGCUUUCAUUGCGGAGGUCUUCGCCAUGGUCAGAGCUCACGUGGCUGCCCUGGGAGGGAACGCCGUCGUCUCGUACAUCAUGAAACAGUGUGUCUUCAUGGAGAACCCAAACAAGAACCAGGCACAGUGUCUCAUAAACGUAAGUGGUGACGCUGUCGUUUUUGUCCGUGAAUCUGACUUAGAAGUGGUGUCGACUCAGCAACCUCCUGUCAGCUGCCAGCCGCUGUGCAGUGGAGAAGACGUCACAACCUGAAGCAAACUUAGCUCGGCUAAGUGAAGGUCAUCUGUCUCUCCCCAUUGUUGUCUUUCUGUUCAUAGACAAAGGAAAGUCAAUUUGACAUAAUAGAGAAAGAACUGAUAUCCUAUGAGGACACUUGAUUUGUUGGCCUGUCUUGAAGGAUGGGAAUUUGGAAUCCUUGAUGUGUAGUUGGUCUAGUAUAUACAGGCCCCAUGGAAUCUUAGCACCUUCAGUGUGGAAGUUAUUUGUAAUUUAAGUUGAUUUUAAUAAAAUCAGAAUUUAAGAAAUGAAAAUGGGAAGAUUCUCGGGAAACUAGAAUAGGUAGCUUCUGUGACUUAGAAAAACUGCAGAACCCGCAGGCUGCCAGUGCAUAGGUGCUGAUCUAAGAGUAAGUGUGGGAAGAGGACAAGACUCCGGAGGCUUUCAGAAUACCAGAUUUUUCUUUUUUUUUCCUCCACCUUUUUAAAAUGGUAACUGAACAGGGAAAGUACUUCAGCCAUCUUUUCAAAAGAAGUUACAACUCUCCAGCUUGUAUCUGAAUGCACCCCAAGUACAGUAAAAGAACUUCCUUUGAAAGUUUUGUUGUUGAGUAUGGAGGGGAAAUACCAUUUCAUAACUGGUUGUGUUCAAGUUGAUAUGUCAUUUGUUUAGAACUUUGUCUUGUCUUCAACUGUAAAGAAAUCACCCAUGAAAUUGGUUGAAGUUCUGAAAAUAUGAUUGACCUAGUAGGAUCACAAAUUAUUUUCUAAUAAUAAUAAUAUAUUUUACUUCUACCAAAUACGUGGAGUUGUAGUGAUAUCUUAUGGUUUAUGAUGUUGAGCCAGAAUCGUGGUUCGGUUAGAAUUUAAAAUGAUAACUUGAAGUAAAUAUGCUGCAAAACAUUGACUGUAUAUAUCCAAAUACUUUUGUCAAUGCCAAAUACCCUUGUAAAUGGUCUUAAAUAUUACAUUCCUCCUUUGCCUAAAACAUUACUUUAUAAAAAACUUGUGAUUUCAUUCUCAGAGCAAUGACUUGCCCUAAAGAUAAAAAAGUCAUUUCCUUGUUACCACAGGUGUCAAUAUUUUUCUGUAUUUUGUUUAUAGUUUUAUUUUUUAAAUAAAAUGUUUAUAAAGGGA